UGGGAUUGGCAAUGGCAGCUGAGACUUUGUGUCUCAGCUUCAUUACACCUUCCACUUCAGUGCUGAGUCUCAAACACAAACACCAGUUCGCAGCUUCACCCAAACGAUUCGUUUUACAUUUUGGGCAUCCAAGGUUAUCAUGUUUGGUCACCAGAACUCUAGAACCUUCUUCUUCUUCUUUCUCUCCUCUGAGGAAAUCUGGACUUUAUGCGGCGGCGUUGUUUGCAGAAGGGAUUAACGGAGAAGAAUCUGCGGAGCAACAAAACGAUGACGUUUUUGGGGAGGAAGAAGAAGAAAGAGAGAAGAAGCUGGGAAGACCGUGUGAAGUAUAUGUGUGUAACCUCCCCAGAAGCUGUGACUCAGCACAACUACUUGAUAUGUUCAAGCCCCACGGAACCAUUCUAUCUGUUGAGAUUUGCCGGAAUGCUGAGACUGGUGAAAGUAGAGGAUGUGGUUAUGUUAAAAUGGGAUCUAUAAACUCAGCAAGAAAUGCAGCUGCUGCAUUGGAUGGAUCAGAUGUUGGCGGUCGUGAUAUGCGGGUUAGAUUUUCAGUUGAGAUGAAUCCUGGAAGGAGGAAUCCUGAGAAAAUGAACUCUAAUCCUAGGAAAGUUAUAUACUAUGAAGCCCCUCAUAAACUGUAUGUUGGCAAUCUUGCUAGGACUGUUAGACUUGAAGAGCUGAGAAAUCUUUUUAGCAGAUUUGGUAAUGUGGCUAGUGCUAGAGUGAUGUAUGAUCAUAAACUAGGGAAAAACCGAGUCUUUGCGUUUCUCUCCUUUCAAUCAAAGGCACAACGUGAUGCAGCAAUCUCUCUCCAUGGAACAGAAUUUUGUGGUCGCACUCUGAUAGUUAGAGAGGGUGUAGAGAGGACUGAGCCUUAACUGGAACUUCAGUGUUUGCAUAAAGUUGGUAGCAAUUUUGGUUUCUCACAUGGAGGAAGAUUUCUAGUAUGUAUGGCUGAGACAGAUUUCCUGAACUCGAAAAUGUUUUCCAUUAAAAUUCUGAUUCAUUCUCUUUUUUAAUCUUUGUUGUAUUUCUAAUUGCAAUGAGCAAUAUCAAAAUAUUGUAGGAGAGUCAAAAGGAGUUUUGAAUUAACCCUGACAUGUAUAUCACUCAUUGCUGCAACUAUUGCAGAGUAUUGAGUUAUGAACUUGAGAACGUGAUUAGCCUUUUUUGUAUUUUACAAGAGUAAAGCUAGAACAUUAUUUAACAGAUGUCACAAUGGUAUGUAUGAACAGCUUUGAGGACCUAACAAUAGUUUGAGAUGGUUAUAAU